ACUAAACUGUCACUGACUUCGGAUCGCACUAUUGCACGACGAAGCUAAUGUCUUUGUUGAUGUAAUUAUUCGGAUUGUGAAAAGUAUAAUUUACUGAAUUGUAGUGAGAAAGUUAAAAAUGAAUUCAACACUAAAUCCUAAUGCCCCUGAUUUUUAUCCAGAACUCAAAAAAGUAACACAGGAUGGCUACUUAACUAUCAAAAGAGCAGUGAAAUCGUCAAAGAUAUUUACAACUGGAAAAUUUGAUUCAUUAAAAACCCUUCCUGCAUUUAAAUCAGUGACAUCAGAUUUAUGUCGAUAUGUUACUUCCCAAAUAGAAGAAAUAGUAUUUUCAGAGACACCUAAAGUUGUAUUUACAGAAGAAGACGGUGAAGAAUGUAAAGAAGAAAAAAUCGCACAAUCGAUUAAUAAUAUUUUGGAUAGGGUUAAUAAAAACCUUGAGGCAUUGUGUGAAAUGGAGAAAUUACAAACUACGGAUAAAAAUGAUCAAAACAUUCCGCCAAAAGAGGAAGAACCAAUGAAUGAAGAGCAGGGGGAGAUUGAACAGCACGAUUUAUAUGAGGGACAGGCAAUGGCUACUACAUCAAAUACCCAGGUUUAUAACAUUGAAAAUAUUUGGGUUCCAAUACUACCUGAAAAACCAAACUUUCUUGUGCCAUUGCAAUUGAAAUUAUUAUAUGAUUCAAACGGGAAAGCUAUAGAAUAUGAACAUCCAUACAAAAUUGAGUUGGAUAUAUAUGAACCGCCAUCAUAUUUCACUAACAUUGUACCGGAGCCGAUACCAUUUCCUGCGCCGUUGAAAAAUACAAAUUAUAAAUUUGUAAACACGUUGAGUAAACUUGAAGAGCUCGUACGUCAUCUCCGUGAAGUUGACGAGAUUGCUGUGGAUGUGGAGCACCACAAUUACCGCGCUUAUCGAGGUGUAACUUGCUUGGUUCAAAUCUCCACAUUCAGGGGUGAUUACGUCGUUGAUGCAAUGGUGCUGCGGCGUCACUUGUACAAGCUCAACUAUGCAUUUACUGACCCCAAAAAGAUCAAGGUUCUACAUGGGGCAGAUAUGGACGUUUUGUGGUUGCAAAGGGACCUUGGUGUUUACAUUGUUGGCUUAUUUGAUACUUACCAAGCCGCAAUUGCUUUAGAUUUACAAAACAAGUCCCUAAAGGCCUUGUUGAAAUUGUACUGCAAAGUUAACACCGACAAGAAAUAUCAAACUGCUGACUGGCGUGUCAGACCAUUGCCUUACGAGAUGGUGAAAUACGCCAGAAUUGAUACUCACUAUUUGUUAUACAUUUGGAAGAGGAUGAAGAAUCAAUUGCUGGAAUUGAAUGAUGGAGAGAAGCAUAAAUUGAUGAAGGUUUUCCUUUCGAGCCGAGAUGUAUGCUUGUCGACAUACAAGAAGCAUGUGGUGACAGAAACCAGUCACUUGUCGUUGUAUCAGCGAUAUCACACGGAUUUUGAUUUGUCAACACGUUCAUUGGCUGCUCUCAAAGUACUUUACAAAUGGCGUGACGAUUACGCAAGAGAACUAGAUGAAAGUCCCGCAUACGUUUUGCCAAAUGUGUUGAUGUUAACUUUGGCUGAAAAACUCCCAACGGAUUUAAAGAGCAUUCGUGAAUAUUGUCCGUCUGCAAAAAAAGUUCUGAAACGAAGUUUUGUUAAAAUUCUCGAAAUGUUAAAAACUUGCCGGGAGAUGCCGGAACCAUCACCACCUGUGAUGCCAUUAGCUAUCAGACCUCUGGAUGAGUUCUCUUACCAUAUGCUCGAUCUGCCAAAUGCAAACACCAGUGAUGAAAAUGGAGACGUUGUUAUGGAGCCAGAACGUAUUGUACACGAGUCUUAUUCUGCUGCAGUCAAAUAUAUGACAUCUAGUCCCGCAGGAAGCGACGACAAUCGAUUCUGUUCACCUUACCUCAGAUAUGUGAAGUGUGUGAAAGUUGAGAAAGAGGAAAAGAAAAAUGAUAAGAAGGAGGUUGUGGUCGCGGUGAAUUCAAAUACGGAGAACGAUCUCACGGAAUUUACUCCUAUUUUCAAAAGCAAAGAGACACGCGAAAAAGAGGCCGAGGAGAGAGCCAAAGAAAAUCCAGAAGCGGCAAUGGAAGCGGAUAAUGCGGGCGAAGGCACUUCUAAUGACUUUACUCUAGUCACCCGACGUAAACGAAAGGCUCGAGCCAAAAGAGACGCACAAGAUGCCGAAGAUAAAGUUGGAAAUAAACCCACUCCACCCACAAAACGCUUGUACUAUCAAUACACAAAUCCAAACUAUAAAAACUUCUAUACUCCCAGGGAUAAGGCAAUUGCAAAAAUGCAAUUGAAAAAACGCAAGUAAAUUUUUCG